AUGAGUGAACUCGAUCUCGGAACGAGUCAGGGGCCAACGACGGAGACACACCGCACGACGACGACGUUUCUUGAUUUGCUCCGACGACAGAUGAGCGGUGUCGAUCGCACCAGGAGGAAGCGGACUCUCAAAGAACGGCUGAGAUUCAAAUGCAUCGGAUGCUGUGGGCCCACCUGGGGUCUCCGUCUAACUAACAGUACGACUACUCUUCACAGUCCCACUCCCAGCUCAAGAGAGGACGACGAAAUCGGAGAACAAUCUGAUACCCGAAUCGUCCCCGGGUCGGACCAUGGAUCGGGUACGGGUAUGAAUCUUGCGACGGCGCUAGAGGCGGAGAGAUACAACCGCGGAGAUCCGACGGAGGCGGCGGAAAUCAUGACGCCGAGGAGAGUAUCGCUGAUGAGAUUGCUGGAGGAGACGACUGAGAGAGUCGUUGCCGCUGACGACGGAAGAGAGACGGAGAUUGUAACGGCGUCGAUUGGGACGUUAACGGGAAAUGAUUCGGUGUGCUGCGUGUGUAUGGGAAGAAAGAAAGGCGCGGCGUUUAUUCCAUGUGGCCACACUUUUUGCAGAGUUUGCUCCAGAGAGCUGUGGCUAAACCGAGGCUCGUGUCCUCUCUGCAACCGUCCGAUCAUCGAGAUCCUCGACAUAUUUUGA